UGGUGCGGCUUCUGACGAUCUCUUGCAAAAUAUAUUUUUUGGGCUGUGCGGUCCUAUCUCUAGUAAUCCUGUGGCACGUACUGUCCUCCAAGGAGAUGGAAAAUCUUACAAAUGGCAUGAACGAAACUCACAAUAAAGUCGAUAGAUUUUACGUGAAUUCCGCCAAGUGCCAGGUGCCGUAUGUGGAGCCCUUCAAUGCCGAGGUGAUGAAGGUAUACAAGCCGAUGCCCUUUAUACCCUGCACCAAUAAAAGUGACCUUAUUACGGUGCACUACGACCGCAUGUACAAUCAGUAUGUGCUUCACGUCAACAAGGAAGUGGUUCACGAGGAGGUGGGACAGGGAGACAUUGCCUGCUUCUACCAGAAAAUUAUUUACGGUCGCAAAGCGGAUGUGUUCGAUAGCAUUGGGAGUAAAACUCAAUUCUAUCAGAGCUUUUUGGUCCCCGUGGAUAUCGAGGGGAUGCUGGUAGAAUGCAGGACUGCGAACGAACAAAGAGUCCUGCAAAAGGACGCCUUUGUGCUUGUGCAAUACCAGAAGAAACCCAAAGAGCAACCCCGGAAAUCAGUGCCAGAUCGGCAGGCCAGUGUUAUCAUGUACGGCAUAGAUACCGUGUCGCGCACAAAUCUGCGUCGCACCAUGCCCAUGGUACACGAGUUCCUUAAGUCUCCGGGCUGGUACGAAAUGAUGGGUUACAAUAAGGUCGCUGAUAAUUCGUUUCCCAACAUAUUUGCUAUGCUAACUGGCUAUUCACCGGAAACGGCAAAAGCUCAGGUUUGCGACACUGAUAUUGACGGUUGCUUGGAUAAAAUACCAUUCAUUUGGAAGGAAAUGAGGGAAGCCGGCUACCUGACAGCCUACGCAGAGGAUGAGGAGAUUGCGAAUACCUUCACCUACAUGAAGCCGGGCUUCUCCGUGAAGCCCACAGACUACUACUUUCGGCCUUUCCUGGUCGCCCUAGAAAACCACACUGAGGUGAAGUACUGCGAAGGAUGUCUGAUGAAGUACUGCCUAGGCCGGCGUCUGGCCAACAGCUAUAUCUACGACUAUUGUCGCCAGUUCAUGCAACGCUUUGUGGCCGAACGACCGGUUUGGGGCAUGUUCUGGUCUAACCACUUCAGCCACGACAACGUCUUCAUGCUCUCGGCCAUGGAGCACAAGGUCCUGACCGAUCUCCUCAAUUUCGAGAGGGACGGGGCCUUCGAGCACACGAUCAUGAUCUUCUUUUCGGACCACGGCGCCCGCUUUGGACCACUGAUGCAUAUGAAGGAGGCUUUUCUGGAGGAGCGAUUGCCCAUAAUGUUCAUCUAUCUGCCACCCUGGUUCCGUGAGAAAUAUCCCAUGUAUGUGCGUGCCCUGGAGCUGAAUCAGCAUCGACUGAGCUCGAACUUCGACCUGUACAGCACCCUGAAGCAUAUUCUGAAAAUCGACGGAAAGGCGGACGGCUGGUCCUACGACUGCCCGCAGUGCCAGUCGCUUCUGCUGCCGCUGCCCGAGAACCGAAACUGCUCACAGGCAGGCAUCACCGAGCCCUACUGCACCUGCCACAAGUACGAAGAGGUCCGGGAGACGGACUGGACCCGGCGGAUGGCCAUCCAUGUAGUGGAACGCAUCAAUCAGUACCUCUGGCAGCACAAUAUGCAGGAACGCUGCAGCAAUCUCACCCUGCGGGUAGUCAACGCCACUGAGCAGCGAGUGGACAACCUCGACGGGGAUACGAAUUUGACGGGCGGACUGCGGCACUACCACACCAAGUUCCAGGUGCACCAGAAUCUGGGCGAGUUCUUUGCCACCACGCUGUACGACAGGGAGACGGAGGCCCUUGAGCUCAACGUGGAGCUCAUCAGUCGCACCAACAUGUACGGCAACGACUCCGAGUGCGUGCGGAAUAAGAUUGUGAAGCUAUAUUGCAUAUGCCUCGAAAAGCUGUGGACGUGAAUCUCACAUGAGAUAUUUUCUUUGGUUUAGUUUUUUAUUUGUAUUUUUUAUACAUUUGUGAAUUAAUUGAUUGUGAUUGGAAUAAAAUUGCAUAAUUUGUCUAACAUA